AUGGACCAAGUCGUCCGGCGCGUGGCGAUGCUCGAGGCCACUCCCUUCCCUGAAGCCCAUCAUCCGAACGUCAUGGACUGCUCGAGUCGUGCCGUCAGGUUGCAGGAUUCAAUCUCCAACUGGGAUCAAGAUCUCAAAGGGAUUCAGGAGCCCGAUGCUGCGUUCCACGACGAGUUGGCCAUUCUUCGCGAUCGUUCGAGGAGAAGAUUGGAACAGUUUGCUCUCUACCCCUCCCAAGAUGAUAUAUCGCUAGUUCAGCUGGCACUACUUUCGGAUGGCCGACAGAUCAAGGAACUAGAGCUCAAUCACGCUGCCACAAGGGCGCAGAAGCAAGAAGCCUACGAUCACGGAAUGGAGGUACUCGUGGGAAAGAUCAUUGGGGAUCUGAUCAACCUAUUUGGCCUUCCGACGAUGCAGAGAUUGGCUCCAGAACUGUUUUCUCCCAAUGGAGACCAAGGGCAUAUUGCCCGCCUCUCCGGCGACUUCAACAAGCUUUUCCCUCCAGACCAGCCGGAUGCAGCAGCCGAGGAGUUAGUUUUGCAGCCCAACGGCUCCCAUACAAGACGCGCUGGCAGGCUUCGUCCGAUGCCGUUGCCAUCGGCUGACUCGUCCGUGGCAAAGUCUGGCGCGGUCAAAAGAAAGCAGGACGCCAACAUCGGAAUUACCAGAGACAAAAGGCGCUGUCUGGCGGUAGUGAAACGGGAGCCCGAACCCGAGAUUCCGAGACCUGCUUUUCCGACCUCAACCGAGCCGGCCCUUGCCGUAACCGAGAGCUUAUACCAGCAUGAUGACAGACAAAAGGCCAUUAUCAGAAAGAGGGGCCGCACGCUUACGAAAAAGAGCGUUGAAUUCGGAGUAUACGGUCAUACCGCCUGUGUCCUAGUCUACAGGAAUCCCAUCCGCCACAAAUGGGUCUGUGCAAUGCACAUUCCAGAAGGCCAGGAUGUUCCAAGCCUGGAUGCCAUUGUGGCGGACCAUCUCAGGUCCGAGAUGGCGACGGAGUCUCAACCUUCAAUAGAGGCCGGUGAAUAG